AGAAUAUUGAAUGGGAGUUUUCAGAUUGCUCCGCGUCGCAGUGUUUUUGAUCGAUGCGUGUUUGUUUCUUUUCUUCAAUGCCUGGUCUCUGCUAUCUGCUAAUUAAUCGUUUUUUCGUAGCGUGUAGAAAAAUCGAAAGAGUUAAUCGGUGCAGAAAUAGUGAAAUUGCGGAAAUUGAAUUGAAAUUCUUACGCGACUAGCAGAAGCGGAAAUAAAAGUGUUAGGUAAAUUUCGCUGUGAACAAAAAGAAUUUUGCAACUAAUAUUGGUAAACAAAAAUUAUAAACUUUCGUGUAUGUUUGUGCAUAAGCGUGUGUGCAGUCAGCUGCGAAUGUCAACAAAAGGUACGCUGAAAUAAAUUUAAUAGCUUAGCUACUUUAGAAGGCAACUUACUCCUUUGACCUGCCAUUUCCGGCUGCAACCAGCCGGACGCGGCAAUGCUAAGCUAAGAUAGGUCUGAGAAAUAUGUACACACAAAUUGAACAAAAAAUAAACCGUUAAGUGUAUAAAAAAAAAGAAAUACGUCCAUAUUGACGGAGUGGAUGUAGAAGCUUUCAUCUCCAGCAAGCAGCUAAUGCAGGCGAAUCAAUCGAAGGAAGUGCAGUGUCAGCACAUUUGCAUUGAUAAUUCCAGUGCCGAUGUGAAUAACACAACAACAAUUAGCACAUCCUUUUUAAUCUUCAUAUCAACACUAAUGACUCCACACCCAACGGUUUCGUCGCCUAUAUCGAUUCUUUCACAAAGUGCUUGCCGCUGCCCCAACUAGCAACCGCGUAAAAUACGUCCUAAGGCGUCGUUAGCGUACCCGUUGACUAAUCCAAUAGCAACUGCAUUCACUCUCAUACCUACUUUGCAGCCUGUGACAAACCAACGGAGUUGCGCAUCUGUACCCUCCCCAAUACUUCACGUAUUUGUAUGACCUCCUUUGCACAGCUGUGCUGCUAAAUAUUACCGACUGCUGAAAGAUGCCACGAACAAUUUUAUCGCCUCUCAAACUAAUAUUAUUCAUGAAACUGCUGGUCGCCAUAUGUUGCAAAGAAUCGUUUGCCAUCGCCAGCGAAAAUAUGCCAACUAAAGCACAUUCAUCACUUCCACAGACUGGUGAUUUUUUUCCUGCCCUUAAUGAGUUCUCAAGCCAUUCCACGAUACGCCCUGAAAUUCUACAUGGGCGACAUAAACGCGCCCUACGAAGUACAUUGGAGGCGGAGCAAGGCCAACAUGUUCCGCACAUAACACUCACGUAUCAACAUGAAGGUCAACGCGUUCACAUUGACCUGCAUCGCAACGAUGAUUUGCUGCCAACAGAGCAUUUUCUUCGCUAUCAAAAUUCGAAUUCGCCAACGGGGCGUGUUAUAAAAAAUUUCACAAAGACUGAAAUGGAAUUGUGCCAUUACCAGGGCACUAUACGCGGCAAACCACAUUCAAAUGCUGCCAUAUCGACGUGUAAUGGUGGUGGUGUAAAUGGUGUCAUAUUCGAUGGCACCGAUACAUAUUUUAUACACUCUGGUAGUGAUGGACGCUUGCAGGAUGAACAUUUUUUAUUUCGGCACUCUGAUUUGUUGGAUAAAAAUUCGACCUGUGGCUAUAACAGUGCCACCGACCACCAUAAACACUUACAACAUUUGAAGUCUGAGAACUUGCUACAAAAGGACGAUGACCUACCGCAAGUACCAACGCACCUUGAUGGUUCGGAGUUCAAUCGAAUUUUGCGGUAUAAAAGGUCGUAUGAAAAUAACGAUGUAAUUCGCGGUCCCUAUAAUGCCGACAAACAUUCUUCCUAUGUGGAAUUAGUUAUUGUGGUUGAUAAUAAGGUCUAUAAGUCAUUUGGGGAGAGUCCGAGAAAAGUGCAUCAGCACUGUAAGGAUUUAGCCAACAUCAUCAAUGCGUUGUAUGUUCCUCUGAAUAUCUUCGUUGCACUCGUGGGUGUGGUCAUCUGGAAUGAGUACAAUGAAAUCGAAUUCUCCAGCGAUGGUGAUUUAACGCUGCGCAACUUUCUCAACUAUCGUAGCACAAAACUGGUGCUGGACCAUCCGAACGAUAAUGCACAGCUGCUGACUAAGGAGCAAUUUAGCGGUGGCGUUGUUGGCAAAGCACUGAAGGGUCCAAUUUGUACGCACGAAUACUCUGGUGGCGUUUCCAAUGAGCACAGCCAAAUUGUUGCCGUUGUCGCUACUACAAUGGCCCACGAAAUGGGCCACAACUUUGGCAUGGAGCACGAUUCGUCCGACUGCAAGUGCCAAGAUGAAAAAUGUAUAAUGUCCGCUUCGUCUACCUCUGUGGUGCCAGUGCACUGGAGCAGUUGCAGCAUUGACCAGCUAAAUAUUGCCUUCUCGCGCGGCAUGAACUAUUGCCUGCGUAACAAACCCACCAAGCUAUUCGAGUCACCGCAAUGUGGCAAUGGUUUCGUGGAGCCGGGCGAGCAAUGCGAUUGUGGGCUGCCCAACUACUGCGAGAAUACCUGCUGCGACCCGCACACUUGCAUGCUGCACACGAACGCGUCAUGCGCCACCGGUGAAUGCUGUGAUUUGAGUACGUGUCGACCCAAAGCGGCCGGCCAAGCGUGUCGUGUGGCAGAGAACGAAUGUGAUUUGCCGGAAUACUGUACAGGCGAGUCGGAGUACUGCCCAGCAGAUGUGUUCAAACGUGAUACAGAAGAUUGUGAUGGCGGGCAGGCGUACUGCUUCCAAGGCAACUGUCGUUCGCACACGCAACAAUGUCGCAUACUGUGGGGACCGACUGGCGAGAGUUCAGAACACUGCUACGGGAAAAACACGGAGGGAAAACGUGGCGGUAAUUGUGGCUACGAUCGCAUCAACAAUACUUUCAUACCCUGCGAAAAGGAACACGUGGCAUGUGGCAUGCUGCACUGUCGGCAUUUGAAUGAGCGGUUAGAAUUUGGAAUGGAGUCUGCAGCAGUGCUGUCGCACUCGUUCAUCAAUCACGAAGGCAAUAUUGUGCCAUGCCGCACUGCGCUCGUUGAUUUGGGGCUGCAAAGUACUGAUCCAGGGCUUUCGCCAAAUGGUGCUAAGUGUGGGGAAGGCAAAAUGUGUGUGGACCAAAAGUGCCUGACGAUAGAGCGAGUACGUGCCACGGGGCUGGGUAAGCAGUGUCCUGAGAAUUGCAAUAGUAACGGUGUAUGCAACAGCCUUGGCAAUUGCCAUUGCCAUGUGGGCUACACGGGCGCAACUUGUCGCCUGCCAGGACCGGGUGGCUCCAUUAACAGUGGACCUGCAACUUCGCCUACCAGUCAUCAAGUCUUCCAGAACUUCAUGUAUAUCUUCUUCUUUGGCGUGAUACCGUUUAUGAUGCUCCUACUCUGGCUCACAUACUACAUUCGCAAUCGACGCUUCUUCCUUGGCGGCAAGCUGGCCGAGAAUAUGUAUGUAUCCACGCCGCACAAGUCGGUGUGCUCCUUUAGCACUACCACUAGCAAUACAACUACUUCCUCCCAUUCUUCCAACACUUCUUCUAACUUAUCUUCUUCUUCAACUGCAUCUUGUGCAUUGCCUGCGAGCGCAAUUAAACACUUAAAACGCACACCAUUAGAGUCCUGUGCUAAGCGUGGUCAACUCAAACGUUCCAAUACACUCAAUACAAGCACACAAGCGCAUGCGUACACUAGCACCAAUACAAUCAAAUCCAACAGUCAAACGCUAAUCAGCCAAAGUGCCUCCACUAACAAUUUAGCGCGUAUACAUAACAAUUUGUUUUUAUGCAAAAGUAAAACUAAUGAAGAUUUUAACAGCUUGGUCCCCAAUAGCAAAAUUAUUUCGGUGGCGGAAAUUAAAAAUAAGUUCACACAAAAUAGUUUAAGCAAGAAAAAGUCAGCAGCAACACCAACAAAAAUACCAACCAUACCAUUUGCCGCCGAAGGCAAUGAUUAUUCAACAACACCAACAACUACACUUAAACGCAAACUCAAAGCGCCAAAAACCCCAACAACACUGAAAUCAAAAGCAAGCGAGCAGCUGCUUUCGGGCGACACUAGCUCACAGGACAACAGUCAGAAUAAUACAUUGCGGCGUAAACUAGAAAUCACCGAUAUACGCUUACAAUCCACCACAAAUCCAAAUGCACUGUGCGAUGGCGCACAGUACAUAGCCAGUGAUCCUGCUAGCAUCAAGGCUGCCGGCACAAAACAACCUCCCACUCGUCCCGACCAUGGUCCACUUGGUGGUGGAGGCAGUGGUGGCGUUGGCGCGCACAGCCUGCCGAAGUCAACUCCCAGCAGUACUGAUGACAUGAACUCCGCGCUGCUCAAGUCCCCCAGCGACUCGAAUGACAACUCCGUUGGCAAUGGCAUGUUCGGCAAGUUUAAGGGCUUCACACUUCGUCCGCUUAAUGAUACAACUUCGCCCACUAACAAUUUCAAUGGUCCUAAUAUCGCUUACGUACAGCCCACUGUGCAGGACACAACGGCCAUGAAUGGCGGUGUACCACAACGCUCCGCGCCACCACCGCCACUGGUAAAAGGCAACUCGGUGGAUGUAGCUCAACCUAAUCGCUGGGCGCCACCACCACCCGUGGGUAUUGCAAAUGCACCAGCUUUACCGCCACCCAAUCCCGGCUCGAAUGCGCGCCCGAUCAUUUCGAUGCCGGUGCUGGAGACCUCUACGUUGACGCUGCCACUUAAACAGUCGAGCGGUGAGAUGUCACCAACGCGUGCCGCACCGCUACCGCCUCCCAUGCAUGCCGGUCAAUCCGGCUCUUUGCCGCGUCCCGCCCCGCCGCCACCUGUGCCUAUGCAUGCAGAUCCGAAAUUGAAUAUAAAGCGUGAUGGAACCAUUCGACGCAUAGCAUCGUUUUUGAAAAAGGAGGAGAAACCGCCGUUAAAAGAGAAAACCUACAUUGAUCGCGAGAAGUUGAAGAAUAUCGAGAUAUCGGCACCGAUGCCUGUUGCUCCGCAAGGAGAGUCAUCUAAUUCGGAUUCUGAGACCACACCCAAAGAGGAGGAAACGAAAACUCUAGUAAAACGUGCGCAAUCUAUGCGUUCGCCCACUAAGAAAACCAACGUGCAGACGUUCGGGUCGAUGCGUUAUGCACCAGGUACGGCGCGUCCAAAGAGUGUGGCGGCAGCCGCCGCGGCUUCACGCCCCAAAAGCCCGCCUCCACGCCCUCCACCCCUAAAGAAAACUAAUUCGACGACUUCUUCUGGCUAUGCGCUGCCAGUUGCCACUGCCAAGUCUAGUGUGGAGAAUGCAUAUGACGAUUGCGAGUUCGUCGAACAUCCUCUGACCACAGUAGGUGAGUCGAACGAAGCAGACUCACCCACUUCAACAGACAAUAUUUAUUCAGUAAUAGAUGAAAUACCCCCAGCAGCGCAAACGCUUAAGCGCAGCGAUUUCGUCAACGAAAGCAGUGAUUUGGGUUUGCUGGGCGAGAUUGUGAACGAGAUUGAAAAGCGCAAUGGCGAUUCCAUCUACACUGCAUCAACGCUAGUGAAAAACAAACCGCUGUCCACGGAGGAGGUGAAAAAUACCACAGCGGAUUUGAAAACCAAACCAAAGUCCACAGUCGCCACAAGCGCGAAUCCGGAUUGCAAUGCAGUUGCGGAAGCGCCGAAAGCGCUUGCGAGCACAACGGCAGCAUCAGCACAAACAGUGCCUACUUACUUGCGCCCGACGCCAGUGAAUGCUCCAGUGGCGCGCGUAGCGCCCACACGCGCUGAUCUCUCUCCCAGCACAGCGUUCUCAAGUUUCAAGCCUACAACUUCAGCAGCAGCGGCGACAGCAAUUGUCACCUCUAACAAAGCCACAACAGCUGCGCCCAACCGCCUCGGUGGCAACAACAGCACCACAAGCACAAACUCUGUGACAUCGAGAAACAAAGCCUUCAAUAAAACGGCUGUCGCCGCAAACUCAACAGCGACAACGCGUGCUGCCGCCACAGCCACAAGUAGCAGUAAUAGUACAGCACUGCCGUCCGCUACCAUCACAAAACCAAAACCGCUUUCAGCGAAGCCCUCGUUCAACAGCCAAAAGAAAGUAACACCCGCGCCGAGUGUUGGCGGCGGCACAGCAGCUGCCGCACGUUUAGCGGCUACAGGUACGCCACGCACCGCGCCCACCGUCAAAUCAGGGAAUAUAGCGUCGCUGACGCAACGUUUUGAAAAAGGCGCGACAGCAAAUACGAAAAAGUAAGAGCACGCUUAUUGAAUUUCGGCGCCGCUCUUCUAUGAAAAAGAAGAGGUAGCGCCUAAUUGGCAUAAGACCACAAAAAGGCCGUUUAAAGGCAACAUAGGCUAGGCAUGGCAUAAAGCGAUAUUGUAAUUUAUAUUGUAAUGAAAUUUAUUUGUGUAUGGAAAGAGAUAAGUUUACUAUGGAAAUUCGGGGGAUAUACAUAUGUACAUGCGUAUGUAUGUACAUACAUAUGUAAUUAAGCAGAAAAAUUAUUAGACGAAAAAAACUAAUUCAAUUCAAAAGUGAUAUUCAUUCCUUGGCAUAUUCUAACGUCGAACGAAACCAUUGUAGUUGUAUGUAAAUUGUACGAAUAUUGUGCGCCUAAAGAUAGUAGACUGUGUAUAAUCCUAAUAUUCAAUUCAGUUUUUGUAAAAUGCAUUUUUUUUACUUUCAGCUUGUGCGUUGUAGUUUAUGAAAAUCGUAAUUUUAAGCUCUGUACAUUUAUUUAAAAUUAAGUUAAAUGUGUGCAUGUAUUUGUUUGUAAAGUAUAGGUAUUUUAAUUUUCAAGUAUCUCAAUGUAUGCAGAAUAUGAAUUCAGUGGCAAUAAUUUUAUUCAUACAACUCUGGUGGAAACAAAAUCUUUAGGGGUUCCCACCACAUUCGUUGGUUUGAUCUAAUAAGCUCAUUUGCCCGAUUGCCAGGUCCCUUGCUCAAUGUGGUGAAUACCCGUAUUAUUUUGUAACUUCUAUUUUUGAGAGAAACUUUUGUGCGGUCUUUGUGAAAAUAACGGCGAUUAGUUGCUUUAGAUCAUUGACGGGCACUGUCUGUGGAGUAAAAGCUCAAAAGAGUUUUGCCCGCGGGUAAGGCGGUGCCCAUCACCGCUUUAGAAUCAAGACAUAUUGGACUACUACUAGUACGACAGCUGUAAACCUAUAUUGGCAUGCUUAAAAAACCAACAAAAAAA